AUGGAUCCUCUGCCGGAUAUAUAUCCCUUGACAAGCUUGCAGAUUGGGGACAUGCAGUCUUAUAUCUCCCGGGCGUUCCUCUACUUUGCGCCGGUGAGCAAGAAGGUGUUGAUUCUUGUGGACAACCAGCCAUGGAUGACCGGCAAGCAGUCCAGAUCCGCAAGGCUAUGGCAGUUCAUGAUAACAAAGUACAGGAUGUCUCCAUUUGUGAAUUCGAGGAGUGGCACCGACACGGCGGCGGCGAUGGCGACCACAGACAAAAGAAAAAUCACGACGGCGAUGCGAAGGUGGCUGGCGGUGGCAAACUCCACCCCGGCGCUGCUCCACGGGUUCCUGGUGUUCGAGGUGUCAUGGCGGGACGUGCACGGCAUCAACUACUACAACGACCUGCUCACCGACACGUCCCUCGCACUGGAGGCGCGCUACCUCAACAAGUGGGAGUUUUACAGUGCCGAGCAGGCCGCCGGUUGCGUGUCUCAGUGGUUCCUCGGCCGCGCCUCCGAGACGCACUCCCUCCAUGGGUACCUACUCUACUAUCACCACUAUCAUCAUCGUCCUCGUCACCAUCGCUCCUCCGCGGCAUCCACCGGAGAAGAGGAACACGCUCGCGACGACGUUAUGAUGAUGGCAGCCAGCAGCAGCGGCGACGAGAGGUGCACGCCGAGGGCGGCGACGUUGAGGAGGAGGAUGAGCUGGCGGAGCAGGGCUAGGAGGAAGAACCUACAGCAGCAGCAAUACACCGAUCGCCAGGAUCAGGAGGAGGAGGAGAAGGAGGAGGAGGAUGAAGGGCUUAGGGUUCCCAUGCAUAUGCAUAUGCAUAUGCAUAUGCAGCAGUAUAGGUACAAUGACACCUUGCUCCUGUUCCGGUCUCGGGACGCGGCGCUGCCGUUCAAGCUCCGGCAGAUCAUCACGUCAGACAUCCGGUUGCUGACGCUGCUCGAGUCUGGGCUGCCGUCGUGGGUCAUCUUCUUGCAGUCAUACCCGGUGUUGUGCCACAUGUACCGGCCAUGGAUGCGGCCCCUAGCACGGAGCCUCUACGUGCUCGCCUCCCUCGUCACCGUCAUCAUCGGCUUCUACGACCUAUACAAGAACGUGCCGCUGCUCAAGUCGGCGGCGGCGCGCAUCUGCGGCCCGCUCUUCGAGUGGAUCGAGACGUGGGACAUGGUGACCCGCAUCCAGUACCUGGGCACCAUCCUCUUCCUCCGCAACCUGCGCAAGUUCAUGCAGGGCCUGCUCACGCUCCUUCAAGCCGCCAGGGCGCUGCUCCGUGUUAUGCUCGCUCCAUUGGCCGACCUAGGGUUGUGUCAGCUGCUUGCCACACUCGGCGUCCUAGCCUCACACGCGUGGGGCCUGGUGGUGGACCUGGCAGAGGUGGUGUGGGCGCCCUUCGACGUGGUGCUCGACUGCGUCGCCCGGGUGGUGUCGUCCUUGUGGCCGGUGCUCAAGGUGGUGGUGUUGCCGGCGAGGUUCCUGGUGGCGGUCGCAGCCUGCGCGGGGUCAGUGCUGUCCAACAGCUACAACUUCUUCAAGGACAUUUGGGAGACUCUGAGCAGCAUCUUCGAGCUCAACCACAUGUCGGAGGCGCAACAGAGCGCUUUCGACAUGACCACGCUCAAGACCUUGUGGAAUGACCUCUUCUCGCAGAUCUUCCGGGCCAUCAGGGGUAUCCUCAAUGGCAUCCUUGUCUUCUUCUACGCCUGCAACAGGCACAGGCUCAGCAUCUACAAUCACGCACAGACAAGGCUGCGAAAUAUGCUUCGUGUCACUAGAUUGGCGCCAAAACAACAUGCACCAUGCCACUGCAACUCCACCACCAAGCACCCAAACCAUGAGGAUGCACCCGUUCAAUGCGACGUAUGCAAGUGA